UGCCUGCGCUAAGGAGUCACGGCCAUCGCCAGUAACUGUUGAAUCCUCGUCGUUUUCAGCACGAAAAAUGAACUCGAGGAUGCUGCUCGGCCUGGUGCUCGUCGGUGUGGUGGGGCUUGCCUACGCGGAUCACCACGGAGGCCAACCAGGCUCUGUCUGCGCACUGGAAGAAAAUACCAAGCGCGCACUUAUUGCAUGUGUCCAGACUCAUCUAAAUGCAGAAACUACCCAGAAGCUGAGCACUGUGAAGGAGCAGCUUCACUGCGAAGACGUCCACUGCGUUUUCGUCAGAAUCUGCGAUAGGAACAAUGGCACAUUGGAACACCCUUCCAACGAGUUCUUCUCGGAAGCCGAAAAGACUGAUAUGCGCACUGCUGUCCUAACCUGCCGUGACAACCUGCAGCGCCAGGCUAGCGAGGCUGCCAAGACAAGCUAAAUACGACUACACGUGCCUAAAUAUGUUGUAUUGGUUUUAGAAUAAAAUCCUAUAGGCU